AUGAUAAUAAAUAACAACGAAUAAAGAGGAUCAAUUAAUAAAUCAAAUACAAACUUAAUCAGCCCAGUAAGAAAGUAAUAAGUUUUUCCAUUCUAUUUAGAUCCUCGUCUAUCUUUUUAACAACAUCUAAUUAAAAUAUAAUGAGCUUUAAAGAAAUAAGUCCAAAAUAAUAAGAAUUGAAUCGUGUUCUCAAAUACAAUUAAAAUCACACCUAAACUGCUACUUCAUCAAUAUACUCUGUUGAGUGUGUCACUAACUAUUCUAAAACCAGAAAACGAUCAAAUUUAGGAGAUAUGAGUUCAAAACUUAUGUAACUUGAUGAAGAAAUAAUAGAAGUUUAUAGUGAAUUUGAAAAAAAUUAUAGAUCUAUUAAUUAAUUAGAGAAGUUAGAACCCAUUUCUUAUUAGACUAAUUAGUAUUUUGAGGUAAAACGUAAAAGCACAAAUUAAUUAAUCCAAACUCAAGAUGGAUUAAUACAAUCAGAUUUGAUGCAUGGAGAUUAAAAUCGAAUUAAAAUUAAUCGCUUUAAAUUCAAUUAUUUUAGAAUGAAACUGAGAGGUAGAGUAUCACCAAUACAUGUAUACUUUAAUGUUCCAGAAAGAGUUUAAACAUCUUCUCUAAAAAUAUUUCUAUCAACAAAAGCUGAAUUUCCUACAAAAUUCAAUGCUGAAUACAUCAUUCAUUCUCGAUUUGCAAAAAUCUAUUCAGAAAAAAAUUAACACUAUUUUAGUGAAGAAUAUUUGUUUAUCACUCUAUACUCAGAAGUUGAUUUUGAAUUCUCUAUUAACUUUUCGUUUGGUAAUUCAUCAACUAUUAAAUCUCCUACAAAAUAAUUACUUGAACCUUCUGAAUAAAUUUAAGAUACCUUCCCAUUAACUUAUAAACCUUAACCUAAAGAUAAGAUAUUAGGCAACCUUUCUGUAGCACAUCAUUAAAUAAGUCAUAGAUUGAAUAAGAUUCUUUCAGUAUAAUCAGAAAGAUUAUAAAAACAAAAAAUGGCUAAAUCUAUGAGAUAGUCUCUAAUCGAAGAUAAAUAAUUAGAUAAACUAUCAAAAUUAUUAGUAAAGGAUUAAAUAAUUUAAUUUAGAGAGAUCGAAAAAUAAAUUAUGUAAAAAAGAGCAGUUGUAUAAUUUGCUUAAAAAAACUGGAUACAAAUUUUUGGUUUAUUUUUAAUUACUGAAUAUGUAUAUACUUGUUUAUAGGAGCAAAAAAGAAAAUAAAAAGUUGCCGCAAAAGGAAAACUUUUAGUUUGGGCAUUAAAAACAAAAGCAUUAAUAGAUGUUAAAGAAUAUGGUAUAAGUGCAAAAGAAAGAACAAUAUUUAAAUGCAGAGUUGUAAUUAAUAGUUUUGCAAUAAUUAUUAGAUCAAAAACAAAAUAAAAAGCAGAAUUUGUUAUUACUAAAUUCAUGGAUAGAAUUCUGCUUUUUCUAACAGUUUUAAAUAAACAUUAAAGCACACUCAAUAAAGGUAAACAAUAUUUAUGAUAUUUUUUAAUCUAGUUAUCUUCAUUUAAAGAAAAUUUCGUCUUCUCAAAACUAAAAAAAGAUAAUUUAGGGAUAAAUUUUGGAAACUAAUUAAAGAGAAUAUUGUUGAUAUUCUUUAUGAUUUAAGAAGACAAAAAGAAAACCAAUGCUUUUUUGAAAAGCAGCAAGUAAUUAUUGAUGUGUAAGUUGAAAUCGUGUAAAUUUAGCCCAACAAUGAAUUAAGUAAUUGAUGAAUACAGUAAAAAAUAAAGAGUUUUUUGGAUUGAAUACAUUUAGCAUACAUAUUUAGAGAAGGAUUAAAAAAGAGUAAUAUUUAUUAUUAUUAUAAAGAAAAUCCAUGAAACUGCACUAAAUUUGAAAGAGCCGAAACUCUAUGAUUUGCCAAAUAAAAACGAGCUUGGUCUUCUUAUAGAAUAAUAUGCCAAAUUGAAAAAAUUACUUUGA